CUGCCAGAUUCUGGAACCAGUUUCAAAAAGCCUGCACAAAGGACUAGCAGACUUCCAUUGUUCUCUCUUGGAACGAUAAAGCCGUCCGCUCGGCAAGGAAACCUAUUGAAAAACUUUCGCCGCUUACCAACUGGGCAGGCACGCCGGACAGCAUAGGACUCCGCGCAAAAACAAUGAUGUAUCUGAAUUCCCUCAAUACUGACGCCUUUUUGUGUGACAAAGCCAAGGACCUGCGAUCAUCGAUCAGCACCCUAAUUCACAAAGUGGACGUUGGGCACAAGCUGGUCCCAUCCAGCUUUUACAAAAAGAAAGACGGUCACAGAAACUGCAUGAAGGAGGUCAUGAAGUGGAAAGAAUCAUUCAAUCAACUCCUUAGCAGCAAAGAUGGGCUCUCAGCUUUCCGCACCUUCCUGAAAACAGAGUUCAGCGAGGAGAAUCUGGAGUUCUGGGUAGCCUGUGAAGAAUACAAGAAGACGCCAUCAGUCAACAAGCUUCCUGCCAAAGCUCAGUGCAUAUUUCAGGAAUUCCUGCAGACUGGAGCCCCACGAGAGGUCAACAUUGACCAUCAAACCAGAGAACACUCACGCCUGCAAAUUUCAGCCGCCUGCCGUAAUUGCUUUGACGCUGCCCAAGAACAGACCCGUAUUCUGAUGGAAAAAGACUCUUACCCACGCUUCUUAAAAUCCCCCAUUUACCAGCAAUUGCUGACCCAGUCAUCUAUGAAGAAGCUUAAGUUCUCUUUCACAUGAACUAAGACCAAGUGUUUUGAGUAAGCUACGACAUUGAGACCAGAGCUCAGUUCCAGUGAUCUGGAACCCGGUUCAUGGCAUCACGGCAUCACGGUUCAUGGCAUGUGUGUACUGGAGUCUGGGCGCUGAUUGAGAAGACUUUCACGCAGGGCCCUUCCGUGUAGAUGGGCCUAAGACAGUAGAACAGAGAAGACAGUGUAUAGAAUGGAUUAGUGAGUUCUAGUCCAACAAAAUUUCCUUGACACCAGUUAUGGUGCCAUGAAACGACUGUGCUUGCCUAGACAAACCCCUGCAACCUUUUUAUGUUCAUAGGGGAACGUUAACAGGAUUGAGAUAGCAUGAGAGAAUCUCUGUAACAGACUAGAACUCACAAUGGUGUGAUUCCUAGUUGAUGUGCUAAUGUUUGUGCAAUGUGUCUGUGCUGCUAAGUGUCACUUCCUCCCACUGCAGUUUUUUUUCCUUGUAGCCAGGGGAAAAAAUCCGUUAUUUUUACUGUUGCUAUGUAGAUAAUUUAUCAAGUGUCUGGAAAUGAGUUUUCACCUGGGACACAAUAGAUGCCAAGUGUUUUAGUAGUAUCCAUUCAUAAUGAUGAGAUCCAAGAACAAUGGGGGGAAGUAGAGUACAAUGUUUAAAAAAUGUGACACAUUCCUAGCCAGUCUUUUUCCUUUGGCAAACAGGAAUUGCAGAGACUCGCGUCAACAGUAUUCUGGAUGUGGGAAAUGACCCCGCAGAAGGCUAGGUGAUAAAUGGUAAAGAAAGAUCUUGGUGUUGAUGAUAACACCUGCAGCAAUUAUAAGUACACAUAUGUAUAUAGCAAAAAAAAUAAAAAACAUUUUAU